AUGUUAUAUUUCACCCAUGAACAGUGCUCACUUGCAGAAGCUGAAAAAGUGUUACUCAGGGACCAGUACAAGCAGUGGUUUGUUGCAAAGAUCCACAUAAUAACCCGAGAUGGAACCAGAGUUCAGGUACUUCCAUCAGCUGAGGCAUCCUUUUCAAUUCACAGGGAUAAGCUGACAACAUCCAUUGGUCUUCCUUCCCAAGCAUCUACACAACAACUGAUACACAAGAGAAAGUUUAAGAAUAUUCCACUAAAUGAAUAUUUUGCACAUUAUAAAACGAUAAAAAAAUGCCUAUCUGAAGAGAUUCAUGCCAUUCUUUUGGCAGCAUCGAAUGAUGAACAUCUCAUCAGAUAUUUCCAGACGAAAAAAGUGAAAUACAUUUGGGACAAACAAGUAUCACAUUUUGUCAAGUUGAGAGGUCUUGAUGUUGGUAUGGGCUUUAGUUUUUUUCAUGAAGCUAAAGGUUUGCAUUCUGAAGAAGUCAUUCAAAAGCGAGUUCUGUAUGGAAACAACCACAUUGCUAUUCAUGUAACACCCAUUAUAACUCUUUUGUUCAAGGAGAUCUUAAGUCCAUUUUAUGUAUUUCAAGUAUUCAGUGUAAUUCUUUGGUUUUGUGACGCCUAUGAACUCUACGCCAGCUGCAUUCUUUUCAUUUCUGUUCUCUCAAUUGUCACCACAAUUUAUCAGACACGACAGAUUCAAAGAGCACUGCGAAACACUAUUCAUGCAACAGAAGUGGUCAGGGUGUGUAGAGAUGAUGAAUUUAUUGAGAUCCCUUCUGAAGAUUUGGUCCCUGGGGAUGUCAUAGAAGUCCCUCGGUCAGGAUGCAUGAUGCAGUGUGAUGCAGUAUUGGUUAGCGGAAAUUGCAUUGUUAAUGAAAGUAUGUUGACAGGUGAGAGUGUUCCUGUUCUUAAAACGCCUUUGCCAAAUCCAAUUCGACGUGCUAAGGACAGUCCCGAAGAAUUUUUUAAAAUUGAUGACCACUCACGUCAUGUCUUAUUUUGUGGAACCAAUGUUAUCCAAACAAGAUAUUAUGAGAAGCAACGUGUCAGAGCUGUAGUCAUACGCACAGGCUUUACCACUGCAAAAGGAGAUCUGACCCGCUCAAUUCUCUAUCCCAAGCCUGUUGACUUCAAAUUCAGCCAUGACACUUACAUGUUUAUAACAGUUUUGUCAGUUUUUGCUUUAAUGGGUUUCACCUACACAGUCAUUUUGAUGGUAAAGGCUGGCCGACCAGUUGGUCAUAUCUUGCGUCGUGCACUAGACUUGAUUACAAUAGCUGUGCCACCUGCCCUCCCAGCUGCCUUAACAGUUGGAACAUUCUUUGCACAGAGACGUCUCAAGAAAGCCCUUGUCUACUGCAUUUCACCCAGCAGUAUCAAUAUUUGUGGAACACUAAAUAUUGUUUGCUUUGACAAGACGGGGACACUGACUGAAGAUGGUCUUAACAUGAAAUAUGUUGUUCCUGCUACAAAUGGAAGAUUUGAAUCUGAAAACCAGCCCCAUGAACCACUGCCCAUUGGACAGCUACUCUAUGGCAUGGCCACUUGCCAUUCCUUGACCAUCAUUGACCACAAAUUAACAGGAGAUCCCCUUGACCAGAUAAUGUUUGAAACAACUGGCUGGGAUCUGAAGGAACCUGGAGAGGAGGAAAGCCGUUUUGAUAUGAUUGCACCAACCAUAGUUUCUCCAAAGUCUUCAACACUAAAUGGCACCAAUGUAAUUUCUGCGGAGAUCACUGGACAGGAAAUCGGAAUUAUCCGCCAGUUUCCGUUCUCCUCUAGACUCCAGCGGAUGUCUGUGAUAACUAGGCGCCUCGUUGCUAAAAACUUUGAACUCUAUACAAAAGGAUCGCCAGAAAUGGUUGCCUCCCUUUGCAAACAGGACACUGCUUCAUCAUUUGAUAUGUACCUGAAAGGGUCACCAGAAGUUGUAGCAUCACUCUGUAGACCUGACACUGUUCCUUAUAACUUUCAAGAAAUUCUGAUCAAAUUUACCAAACAUGGUUAUCGAGUCCUUGGAUUUGCAUAUAAACCCCUCAAGCUCAACUAUAUGCGAGUUCAAAGAGUCACUAGAGAGCAAGUGGAAAAAGACUUGAACUUUGUUGGAUUAGUUGUCAUGGAAAAUCGUAUCAAACCAGAAACCAAACCUACAAUUGACCAAUUGCAUAAUGCAGAUAUUAAGACCGUCAUGAUAACAGGUGACAAUAUGCUGACAGCACUGAGUGUUGCUAGAGAAUGUCACAUGGUCGACAGUAAUGACCAAGUAAUCUUGGUUCAGGCUUAUCAGUCACCUGAGAAUAACAACAUGCCAACCUUAGAAUUUGUUUAUGCUGAUGAAAAGGACAGAAAAGUUGAAGAGAUUACAACUGGGACUGGCAGCAAUGCAAGUAUUCGAAUUGAUGAAGAUAAUCAACGAAUACAUUUUGCAGUUACUGGACGAUCAUGGACAGUCAUCCGUGAACAUUUUCCUGAUUUAUUAUCAAAAUUGGUUGUUCGAGGCAAGGUUUAUGCUCGAAUGUCUCCUGAACAGAAAGCUCAACUUAUUGAAGUGUUACAGUCUUUGGGUUACUAUGUUGGCAUGUGUGGUGAUGGAGCCAAUGAUUGUGGUGCUCUUAAAAUGGCUCACACAGGAAUCUCUCUGUCUGAGGCUGAGGCUUCUGUAGCAUCUGCUUUUACCUCCAAGGUGUCAACCAUUGAAUGUGUACCCACAGUUAUCAAACAGGGUCGGGCAUCUUUGGUAACAACAUUUGGAAUCUUCAAGUACAUGGCUAGCUACAGUCUUAUUCAGUCAACAUCUGCUCUUGUCCUCUACUGGAUUUCAGCCAAUUUGACAGAUUUUGAGUUCCUCUAUACGGAUUUAUUUUUGAUUUUAACUCUUGGUAUCACAUUUGGCCGAACUGAUGCCUACCCUGAAAUUACAAAAGAUGUACCAGAUGUCAGCUUGAUAAGUGUAACACCAAUUCUAUCUCUUGUCAUACAAAUAGCAAUCCAAGCUGGUGUACAAAUAUUCUGCUUUCUUAAUGUCUAUAAACAAGUUUGGUUUGAACCUUAUGUGAUCAAUGAUGAAGAAGAUUAUGCCUGUUAUGAGAAUAUGGCAAUUUUCCUCUCAUCAAGUUAUCAAUAUAUCAUAAUGGCUGUUGUCUUCUCCAAAGGAGCUCCAUUCCGGAAAUCAAUGUUUAGCAACUAUCUUUUCUUGAUAAAUGUUGCUGUGUGUGUUGCUGUUACUUUGUUGGUUACUAUCUACCCACCACAAGAAGUGGCAGAAUUUCUGGAGUUGAAGCCUUUUCCUUCCUCGUCUUAUCGAUUGUUGUAUGUUGGUAUUGCUUCCAUGAACUUCUUGUUGUCUCUGUUUGUGGAGAAAUUCAUUAUUGAUAAUAUGUAUAUACGACAUAAAUGUGAACGUUUCUUGGAGAACCUGAUGCCAAGUUCCCGUUGUGAAUAUGUGGCUAUCGAGCAAGAAAUAGCAGAACAACCAGACUGGCCACCAAUUAGCGAGUCCAAGGCCAGUUUGGCUGAAGUCUUUCGUAAACUGGACCCCCUUCCACCAACACAGAAAUCUGGAGAACAGUCAUUCAGCUGUGAAUCUGAUGAUGACCCUUCUGAUUCUUGCAAGAGUACUCCUCACAUUAAUCGAGACACUCAACAAAAUGAACAAGCUGAACCAACAAGUGUGCAGAAAAUAAACCUUAGUGCCAUGCAAAAUGAUAACUACCAAUCAACCACUCCUCUGCCCUCACAAUCUUCUGUGGCUUGCUCCUCAUCAUGUUCCUCAUCACCAGUCACAGGGGAGUACUUGUCUGCCGCCUAUGAGCCAACUACUGUGGUUACUACUGUGGCUGUAAAUGACUUGUGUCCAAACCCUGCCACACAAGGUGAUGUUGAUUUGUCUUCAGUAGAAGUGAACAUUACUUCUUCAACCAAACAAGAUGGGGAAGAGAUAGCCAAAAGCAAAAAAGUAGAAAGCACUCAAUUGUAG